UUGUGUGCGCGACAGGCCGCUGAUAAAGGUUGGGUGCCUCGCGCCGGGGGCCGGCGGGAGGGAGCGCGCCCCCGCCCCCUCCCCGGCCCCCUCUCCUGCAGCUGCUGUGCCGGGCCCCCCUUCCCGUCGGCCCCCGCGGGAAGGUCCUGGGGUUCUCCCGUGUCCCCCCAAGACAGGGGCCGCAGGUGUGAUGGUUGGCUCCCACGUGGACAUGGCUCCUGCGUCUACCGUGGAAGGGGCCGGGGAGAAGCCGGGCCCGGCUGCACCCACCCCAGCAGCCCAGUAUGAGUGUGGGGAGUGCGGCAAGUCAUUCCGGUGGUCUUCCCGGCUCCUGCACCACCAGCGCACACACACAGGCGAGCGGCCCUACAAGUGCCCAGACUGCCCCAAAGCCUUCAAGGGCUCCUCCGCGCUGCUCUACCACCAGCGUGGGCACACGGGCGAGCGGCCCUACCAGUGUCCCGACUGCCCCAAGGCCUUCAAGCGUUCGUCUCUGCUGCAGAUCCACCGCAGCGUGCACACCGGCCUGCGUGCCUUCACCUGCGGCCAGUGCGGCCUGGCCUUCAAGUGGUCCUCGCACUACCAGUACCACCUGCGGCUGCACACGGGCGAGCGGCCCUAUGCCUGCCCCGAUUGCCCCAAGGCCUUCAAGAAUUCGUCCAGCCUGCGGCGCCACCGGCACGUGCACACUGGGGAGCGGCCCUACGCCUGCGGCGUGUGCGGCAAGAGCUUCACGCAGAGCACCAACCUGCGGCAGCACCAGCGCGUGCACACCGGCGAGCGCCCCUUCCGCUGCCCGCUGUGCCCCAAGACCUUCACCCAUUCCUCCAACCUGCUGCUGCACCAGCGCUCGCAUGGCCCCGCCGCGCCCACCGCGGCCCCCGCCUGCGGUCCUAUGCCCGCCGCACAGGUCCUGGUCUCUGAAGCCUACCUGCCGCCCCCCGCGCCGCCCCGCAGCCCGCCCGCGCCUGAGCCCGCCACGCCACCUGCGCCGCCUCCCGUGGUUCCUGAGCUCUUCUUGGCUGCUGCCGAGACCACAGUGGAGCUGGUGUACCGCUGUGCUGGCUGCGAGCAGGGCUUCGGCAGCGAGGAACUGCUCCUGGAGCACCAGCCGUGCCCAGGCACGCAGGAUGCCACGGCCACCCCGGCCGAGCCCGCGGCCCCGCCGCCCGCCCCCGCGCCCAGCUUCGCCUGCCUCCCCUGCGGGAAGGCCUUCCGGACUGUGGCCGGCCUGUCCCGCCACCAGCAUAGCCAUGGCGCGGGUGGCCAGGCCUUCCGCUGCGGCAGCUGCGAUGGCGCCUUCCCGCAGCUCGCCAGCCUCCUGGCGCACCAGCAGAGCCACGUGGAGGAGGCGGCGGCCGGGCGUCCCCCACCCCCGGCUGAGGCGGCCGAGGUCACCUGCCCGCAGGAGCCCCCGGGCCCCGUGCCUGCGCCCGCACCACCUGAGCGACCCUACAAGUGCGCCGAAUGUGGCAAGGCCUUCAAGGGCUCCUCGGGGCUGCGCUACCACCUGCGGGACCACACCGGCGAGCGGCCCUACCAGUGCGGCGAGUGCGGCAAGGCCUUCAAGCGCUCCUCCCUGCUGGCCAUCCACCAGCGCGUGCACACCGGCCUGCGCGCCUUCGCCUGCGGCCAGUGUGGCCUCACUUUCAAGUGGUCCUCGCACUACCAGUACCACCUGCGGCUGCACUCGGGCGAGCGGCCCUAUGCCUGCGGGGACUGUGGUAAGGCCUUCCGCAACACCUCCUGCCUGCGGCGCCACCGGCACGUGCACACCGGGGAGCGGCCCUACGCCUGCGGCGUGUGCGGCAAGAGCUUCGCGCAGACCUCCAACCUGCGGCAGCACCAGCGCGUGCACACGGGCGAGCGCCCCUUCCGCUGCCCUCUGUGCCCCAAGACCUUCACCCACUCCUCCAACCUGCUGCUGCACCAGCGCACGCACUCGGCCGAGCGGCCCUUCGCCUGCCCCGUCUGCGGGCGCGGCUUCGUUAUGGCUGCCUACCUGCAGCGCCACCUGAGGACGCAUGCGCCAGCCACUGGGGCCGCGGCCCCCGCCGGCCCCCAGCCUCCAGCCCCGCUGGCCACCGCCCCGGCUCCGCUGGCUGCUGCCCCAGCUCCGCUGGCCACCCAAGAUGUCCAUGUGCUCCCCCACCUCCAGGCCACGCUUUCCCUCGAAGUGUCAGGGAACACGGCCCAGGCCCCAGCCCCAGCCCCGGCGGCACCUAACUCCCAGACGUUCCUCCUGGUGCAAACUGCCCAGGGCCUCCAACUGAUCCCCAGCAGUGUCCAGCCCCCGACUCCUCCACCCCCGCCCAACCCCCCGAAGCUCAUCUUGCUGCCUCCCACCAGCGCUGCCAGUGGGGGUGGCCCUGUGAGGCAGGGCCCCUGCUCUGUGGGUAAGGCCAGGCAGGGGACAGGAGUGGUCUGGUUGCCUGGCCCUGGAGGUCUGGGGGUGCAGGGAGGAGGCGGUGCAGUAGCCGGCAGCGGCGGAGGGCAGAGCCUCAUCGUUUUGCAGAAUGUAGGGGCUGGAGAGGCAGGGCCACCAGAAGUGAGUGGGGUCCAGCUCCAGCCGGCACAGGAAGUGACCACGGUCCAGCUCCAGCCGGCACAGGAAGUGACUACAGUUCAGCUCCAGCCCCUGGCCAGCCAGCUUUCCAAUGCCAGUGGGGGGGCUGUGACCACUGAGGCCCCAAACCUGCUGGUGGUUCAGGGUGGGGCAGCUGAGGAACUGCUCACAGGCCCAGGUCCUGGGGAUGCUGAGGACAGUGAGGCCAGCACUGGUGUAGUCCAGGAUGUCCUCUUUGAGACACUACAGACAGAUGAGGGGUUGCAGAGUGUGCUGGUGCUAAGCGGCGCUGAUGGGGAGCAGACACGGCUGUGUGUGCAGGAGGUAGAGACCCUUGCCCCUGGGCUGGCAGAGACCCCUGCCCCCAGUCCACCCGGACAGAAACUCCUCAUCAUCCGCAGUGCCCCUGCCACCGAGCUGCUGGACAGCAGCAGUGUUGGGUCAGGCACCACCACGCUGCAACUCCUGGCUCCACAGCCUCCUCCUGGUCCGUCCUCUGCCCCAGUGGGGAUACCCACUGCUCCCACCUCGCAGAUGAUACAGGUAGUUCCUGCAGGAGCUGGGCCUGGGGUCAUGGCCCCCCAGGCCCUACCCUCCAUCCAGAUUGUGCAGACUCUGCCCUCUGUCCAGUUGGUACACACAUUUUGAGGAGAUGCACUGGUACAUCUGCCACAACUCAUUGCCCUCUGCUGGCUCAGCCCCAGGGGAAGGGGACUGCUGGCUGGGUUUGCUAAUAAAGUCCAGAAUGCCA